UAAUCUGUUCUCUAGCAUUGUUUCAUUCCAUCUUUGGCAUGUUUUCACUUUGCUGUGCUGUACUUUUACACAUUCUUUUUAACUAUAGCUUCCUGCUUUGCUCUGGAUCAGGAAGCUAUUGAAGCUGACACCCACAGAGUUAAACUCAGUUGCUGAAGCCACCAGCUCCCCCUCCCAGUCCUCCUUUUCAGAGUAGGCUGGCAGCUGUCCUAACUGCCUACUAAAGCCAAAUGCUUGAGGAGAGAGAGAGAGUAAGGAGCCAGCCAUGAAUCCUUUCCAGAAAAAUGAGUCCAAGGAAACUCUUUUUUCACCUGUCUCCAUUGAAGAGGUACCACCUCGACCGCCUAGCCCUCCAAAGAAGCCAUCUCCGACAAUCUGUGGCUCCAACUAUCCACUGAGCAUCGCCUUCAUUGUGGUGAAUGAAUUCUGCGAGCGCUUUUCCUAUUAUGGAAUGAAAGCUGUGCUGAUCCUGUAUUUCCUGUAUUUCCUGCACUGGAAUGAAGAUACCUCCACAUCUAUAUACCAUGCCUUCAGCAGCCUCUGUUAUUUUACUCCCAUCCUGGGAGCAGCCAUUGCUGACUCAUGGUUGGGAAAAUUCAAGACAAUCAUCUAUCUCUCCUUGGUGUAUGUGCUUGGCCAUGUGAUCAAGUCCCUGGGUGCCUUACCUAUACUGGGAGGACAAGUGGUACACACAGUCCUAUCAUUGAUCGGCCUGAGUCUAAUAGCUUUGGGGACAGGAGGCAUCAAACCCUGUGUGGCAGCUUUUGGUGGAGACCAGUUUGAAGAAAAACAUGCAGAGGAACGGACUAGAUACUUCUCAGUCUUCUACCUGUCCAUCAAUGCAGGGAGCUUGAUUUCUACAUUUAUCACACCCAUGCUGAGAGGAGAUGUGCAGUGUUUUGGAGAAGACUGCUAUGCAUUGGCUUUUGGAGUUCCAGGACUGCUCAUGGUAAUUGCACUUGUUGUGUUUGCAAUGGGAAGCAAAAUAUACAAUAAACCACCCCCUGAAGGAAACAUAGUGGCUCAAGUUUUCAAAUGUAUCUGGUUUGCUAUUUCCAAUCGUUUCAAGAACCGUUCUGAAGACAUUCCAAAGCGACAGCACUGGCUAGACUGGGCAGCUGAGAAAUAUCCAAAGCAUCUCAUUAUGGAUGUAAAGGCACUGACCAGGGUACUAUUCCUUUAUAUCCCAUUGCCCAUGUUCUGGGCUCUUUUGGAUCAGCAGGGUUCACGAUGGACUUUGCAAGCCAUCAGGAUGAAUGGGAAUUUGGGGUUUUUUGUGCUUCAGCCGGACCAGAUGCAGGUUCUAAAUCCCCUUCUGGUUCUUAUCUUCAUCCCGUUGUUUGACUUUGUCAUUUAUCGUCUGGUCUCCAAGUGUGGAAUUAACUUCUCAUCACUUAGGAAAAUGGCUGUUGGUAUGAUCCUAGCAUGCCUGGCAUUUGCAGUUGCGGCAGCUGUAGAGAUAAAAAUAAAUGAAAUGGCCCCAGACCAGUUAGGUCCCCAGGAGGUUUUCCUACAAGUCUUGAAUCUGGCAGAUGAUGAGGUGAAGGUGACAGUGGUGGGAAAUGAAAACAAUUCUCUGUUGAUGGAGUCCAUCAAAUCCUUUCAGAAAACACCACACUAUUCCAAACUGCACCUGAAAACAAAAAGCCAGGAUUUUCACUUCCACCUGAAAUAUCACAAUUUGUCUCUCUACACUGAGCAUUCUGUGCAGGAGAAGAACUGGUACAGUCUUAUCAUUCGUGAAGAUGGGAACAGUAUCUCCAGCAUGAUGGUAAAGGAUACAGAAAGCAAAACAACCAAUGGGAUGAUAACCGUGAGGUUUGUUAACACUUUGCAUAAAGAUGUCAACAUCUCCCUGAGUACAGAUACCUCUCUCAAUGUUGGUGAAGACUAUGGUGUGUCUGCUUAUAGAACUGUGCAAAGAGGAGAAUACCCUGCAGUGCAUUGUAGAACAGAAGAUAAAAACUUUUCUCUGAAUUUGGGUCUACUAGACUUUGGUGCAGCGUAUCUGUUUGUUAUUACUAAUAACACCAAUCAGGGUCUUCAGGCCUGGAAGAUUGAAGACAUUCCAGCCAACAAAAUGUCCAUUGCAUGGCAGCUACCACAAUAUGCCUUGGUUACAGCUGGGGAGGUCAUGUUCUCUGUCACAGGUCUUGAGUUUUCUUAUUCUCAGGCUCCCUCUAGCAUGAAAUCUGUACUCCAGGCAGCUUGGCUAUUGACAAUUGCAGUUGGGAAUAUCAUCGUGCUUGUUGUGGCACAGUUCAGUGGCCUGGUACAGUGGGCCGAAUUCAUUUUGUUUUCCUGCCUCCUGCUGGUGAUCUGCCUGAUCUUCUCCAUCAUGGGCUACUACUACGUUCCUGUAAAGACAGAGGAUAUGCAGGGUCCAGCAGAUAAGCAGAUUCCUCACAUCCAAGGGAACAUGAUCAACCUAGAGACCAAGAAGACAAAACUCUGAUGACUCCCUAGAUUCUGUCCUGACCCCAAUUCCUGGCCCUGUCUUCAAGCAUUUUUUUCCUUCUGCUGGAUUAGACAAGAGAGAUAGCAGCAUAUCAGAGCUGAUCUCCUCCACCUUUCUCCAAUGACAGAAGUUCCAGGACUGGUUUUCCAGUACAUCUUUAAACAAGGCCCCUGAGACUCUAUGUCUGCCCGUCCAUCAGUGAACUCAUUAAAACUUGUGCAGUAUUGCUGGAGCUGGCCUGGUAUCUCCAAAUGGCCAUGAAAAUAUACUUGUAUAAUGGAGAUCAUUCUCUGUGGGUAUGCAAAGUUAUGGGAAUUCCUUUAUAGGUAACUGCCAUUUAGGACUGAUGGCCCUGAUUUUUGAGGUGCUGAUUUAGAGGCAAAAUUGCAGAAUAACAAAGAAAUGGUAUUUCAAGUUUUUCUAUAAGCAAUGUAAUUAUGCUACUCACAGGGGCCUCAAGAAUUGGUAUGUAUGAUAUGAUCUGGUCCAGCCUGGUUUGUCAGCUAUCUAGGUUUGAUAAGACUUUAGUAAACUUGUCAAUACAGAUGGUAGGAAGCAGAAUGCCAUUUUAUUAAAACAUAGGAGAAGUUAUAGCUUUCUGAUUAUGAUAGUAUUUUAUUUACUUAUCCAAACACUCCUUUCUCAGUAUGGAUAGAUCAUGGAAACCAGAUCAGAGAUAGUAAACAUUAGUAAACAUGGUUCUGGAGAACAAGAACAUGUGUAAGUUGUAGAAAUCCUGAAGAGCCAGUCAUUCUUUUACAGAGUACAUUCUUCUUAGCCUCUAUGGCACUGGACUAUGCCCUUCAGUGAACAGUUGUAUAAACAAUAAUUAUAAUUUGCAACCUUGUCUUGUCAAGCUUGCUGACCCAGCUUUUUCUUAUUAUUACACCUUGUCUUGCUUAUUGCAGCAAAUAUUCAAUAACAACGUUUCUGUAAGUCCAACUUCCUUUAUUAAUGUUUCCAUUUAGCCUAAAAAAUAUCAAAGUAGUAGUUCCUUUUUGAUGUUGUUUUCCUGAUUUACUUUUCCCAUAAGUUUUAAAUACCAUUUCUUCCUUGAAGCCUAGAAAUUUUCUUUUUAUUCAAAAAAAGUUACAUUAAUGCUCUAGGUUUGAGGUUCUAAAAUGGAAAUGUCAAUAGAGGAGCAUGGUCCUAUAUGAGGUUCCUAUCAAAAUUUGUGGGAGUAGGGAUGGUAGAGCAUGAGGGUUUUGUUUGUGUAUGUGUGUGGUCAUGAAAAAAAAUUGGGAAACAUUACCUCACACACAAUGAAUGAAUCGAGGACAGACAUGGGAAUGUCAUGACUGUGCAGUGUGUUACUAGGAAAAAAGUUCAGAAUCACUAUUCUAGAGAGCUUCAUUUCCAUUGGUUUUAAAACAUUAUUCUCAUGUAGAACAGUGUUGGGUCUCAUACUGUUAAUUUUAAUAGGUAACAAUGUUCAUGUUAGUAGGCACCAGUUAAUAUUAACAGAUAAUGUUACUGUUGACAGGUAAGAGAAAUUGCUGUAAGUGCCCAAGCUUUGUAUACUUCAGUUUUAAUGACAAGCAUUUCAGCAGUACAAGAGUGGCAGCAAGACCAACCAGUUUUUCCAGAUAUCUUGAUGUGAACCUGACCCUACUCCUUUAGAAGACAGCCUGUUCAUUUUUAAAUAGCUUUAACCCAAACUGUUCUAUGACCAUUGUUUCAAGAGACAUUAACACAGUUUUGUAAAUAGAAGUGUCUAUGGACAAAUAAGUUUGGGAAAUGUGGCAUACUGUAUCCUUUACUUAAUAUUUGCAUAUUAAAGACUCUGAGAUAUCCUGCAGUAAAGA